CUGCCACGCACUUCCGGGCUUCACGGUUUAAAUUUGCCCUUGUGGCGCUGACUUCUUCUCCCCGUGCUUGGGUUUUCUUCCCAAUUGUGUUCCGGGGUGCUCUGAUAUUCUCUCUCGCUUUCAGCUAACCCCGACCCGAUGGCUCAAGUGUCAAAUUAGGCAAGCGAGUGGAUGGACUUUUUCAAAAUGUGUCGUAGCGAUGCCAAAACAUGAAUAAUUAACAUGGUGUCCAUCCUGUCGUCCUUCGAGAGCCGCCUGAUGCAGCUGGAGAACUCCAUCAUUCCGGUCCACAAGCAGACGGAGAACCUGCAGCGUCUGCAGGAGAACGUGGACCAGACGCUGUCGUGCAUGGACCACGUCAUCAGCUACUACCACGUGGCCAAGGACACGGACCGCAUCAUCAGGGAGGGACCGACGGGCCGGCUGGACGAGUAUCUGGCCUCCAUUGCCAAGAUCCAGAAGGCCGUGGAGUACUUCCAGGACAACAAUCCCGACAGCCCCGAACUCAACACCGUGAAAAGCCGCUUGGAGAAGGGCAAGGAGCUCCUGGAGGCGGAGUUCCGCGGCCUGCUGACCCGCUACAGCAAGCCGGUGCCGCCCGUCCUCAUCCUGGACGCCAUCGGCGCCGACGAGGACCUGGAGCUGCAGGAGGACGUGGUGCUCGAGCACUUGCCCCAAGCCGUCCUCCACGACAUCAUCUGCAUCGGCGGCUGGCUCGUGGAGUACGGCCGCAAUCAAGACUUCAUGACGGUUUACUUCCAGAUCCGCUCCAGCCAGCUGGACCGUUCCAUCAAGGGUCUGAAGGAGCACUUCCGCAAGAACAGCGCCUCCUCUGGCGCCCUCUACUCUCCCGCGGUGCAGGCCAAGCGCAAAGACACGCCCACCAAGAAGCUUCCCAAGAGACCCGGGACCAUUCGCAAGGCUCAGAACCUUCUGAAACAGUACUCUCAGCAUGGGCUGGAUGGCAAAAAGGGGGGGUCCAACCUCGCACCCCUGGAAGCAGGUUACGAUCACGACCCGCGGGUCAGACGCACCUCUGACCUUCUGGCCGACAAGCACGGCGGCCCCCCAGGCAAAGACGACGCCCUGGACGUGGAGAUGGACUCGUACAUCCACUGCAUCAGCGCCUUCGUCAAGCUGGCGCAGAGCGAGUACGCCCUCCUCAGCGAGGUCAUCCCCGAGCACCACCACAAGAAGACCUUCGACUCGCUCAUCCAGGAGGCCCUGGACGGCCUGAUGAUGGAGGGCGACAACAUCGUGGGCGCGGCCCGUCGCGCCAUCCUGCGCCACGACUACUCGGCCGUGCUGACCAUCUUCCCCAUCCUCCGCCACCUCAAGAGCAACAAGGCCCACUUUGACGCCACGCUGCAGGGUACGGCGGCGGGCACCAAGAACAAACUGCCCGCGCUCAUCACGUCCAUGGAGAACAUCGGCGCCAAAGCGCUGGAGGAGUUUGCCGACAGCAUCAAGAACGACCCCGACAAGGAGUACAACAUGCCAAAGGACGGCACCGUGCACGAGCUGACCAGCAACGCCAUCCUGUUCCUGCAGCAGCUGCUGGACUUCCACGAGACGGCCGGCGCCAUGUUGGCCUCACAAGAGUCGACUUGUUCGUCGGGCAGCUUCACGUCGGACUUCAACAAGCGCCUCCUCAGCGCCUAUAUUUGUAAAGUUCUGGGGAACCUUCAGCUGAACCUGCUCAGCAAGUCCAAAGUGUAUGAGGAUUCCGCUCUGAGCGCCAUCUUCCUCCACAACAACUACAACUACAUCCUCAAGUCUCUGCAGAAGUCCGACCUGAUCCAGUUGGUGACGGUGACUCAGAAGCGAGCCGAGAGUUCCUACCGAGAACUCAUUGAGCAACAAAUCCACGCGUACCAACGCAGUUGGCUGAAAGUGACGGAGCACCUGAGCGAGCGAAACCUUCCCGCCUUCCAGCCCGGCGCCAAGCUCAAAGACAAAGAACGGCAAGUCAUCAAGGACAAAUUCAAGGGUUUCAACGAGGGUCUGGAGGACCUGUGCAAGAUCCAGAAGGGCUGGGCCGUCCCCGACAAGGAGCAGAGAGACCUGAUCCGGCUGGCUCAGCGGCGAGAAGUCAGCGAGGCCUACGGCGGCUUCCUGCGCAGAUGCGCCAACCUGCCGUUCACCAAGAACCCGGAGAAGUACCACAAGUACGGCCCGGACGAGGUGGGGGCCAUGAUCGACAGGCUCUUCGACACGUCGGCUUGAGCGGUCGCCGAAACGUUUCAGGAGAAGAGCCCCCCCCCCCCCCCCCAGGCUCCCAUUUGGUCAUUUCCGCAACUGAGAGAUGAUUGAAAACUUUUUUUUUUUAAUGCUAUUUAAUAAACUCGACCGAUUGUUUUGAAAGUGAAUCCGAGCGCAUCAUCAUCGUCAUUUUGUCUUUUGAAUGAUAGCGUUUAUUUGGGGUGGGGGGGCUUCCCCCCUCCCCCCAAUGAUGAUGACUCCAGACGCAAUUUUUUUGUGACUUAAGAGAUUUUUGUGCCAUCUUUGGGCUGGUGCCUCCAGAUUCCAUAAAUUUCAAAUGUAGUCAAUGAUUUGGUGUCACAAAGUUGUUCUGAAUAUUGGUUUAUUCUGCCGUUCAUUUAUUUUUUGUCAUCAUUUCAAGAUUGAAUCUUUUGGCUAUUUUGUUAUCCGAGGACCCGACGCGACCCGACCACUUUUUUCCAGCCUCAGCCCAAACUUUCCUUUUCCUUCAUUUUGCUGUGAACAAAAAGUAUGCAAAUUCAAUACGUUUUUCUUCUGUGUGCUGCCAAAGAUACAUUAUGUAUUGUAGAUUGAGACUUAUGUACACAAGGAUGUACAUACAGUAAAUGAACAGGACAUUUGAAUAGACCAGUUGCUCCAUCU